GGCUAGUAUAAGGGACUGGCCACGACCUCAUACAGUAACUGAGGUCAGAUCUUUCUUAGGGAUGUGCGGCUACUAUAGGAACUUUGUGAAAAACUGUUCCACGGUCACCUCUCCUUUGACUGAUCUCACUCGACUUGAUACGCCUUGGGACUGGAGUGAUGAGUGCGAGGCUGCUUUCAAACGAUUGAAGCAUGCACUCAUGAAUCACGAGGUUCUCAUGGUGCCCGAUCCUCAGAAGCCCUUUAUUGUGACCACUGACGCAAGUCAGUACGACAUUGGCGCAGUGCUGGCUCAGCAGGAUGGGAAAAAGUUGAGGCCGAUUAAGUACAUGAGCAAGAAGAUGCCAUCAAAGAAACUGGCAAAGUCCACCUAUGAAAGGGAACUCUACGCCCUCUACAAGGCACUUGUCCAUUGGAGGCACUUUCUGUUGGGGCGGUUUUUCUAUUUGAGAACUGACCAUCAGUCCCUUAAAUGGAUCAAGACUCAACCUGCUCUUUCUAAUACACUCGAGCGCUGGAUUGAGGUCAUAGAUCAAUAUGACUUCAAGCUAGAGUAUCUAAAGGGAGAGUACAACAAGGUUGCGGAUGCGCUGUCACGUAGGGAAGAUUACCUAGGGGCGCUAGUUUCCGGAUUUGGCGUAUCCGAGGAAGUAACUCAAUCGUUGGCUGGAAUUGAAAGAUUAGUUGUUCCAUCUAGUGAGAAUUUGCGCAGUUUAUUUCUAGGUGAAUGUCAUGAUGCAACGGGACACUUUGGCUACAAGAAGACAAGUGCCAACUUAGGCCAGCGAUUUUGGUGGCCCGGUAUGCUAGACGAUGCAAAGAUGCAUGUGCAGACCUGCCAGGUCUGUCAGCGAGACAAGCCAAGAACUCAAGCACCACUGGGGUUGCUGAAGCCCUUGCCCAUUCCCGCUGGACCAGGACAGAGUGUUUCCAUGGACUUCAUGGACACCCUAGUCACGAGCAAAAGCGGCAAGAGGCAUAUCUUUGUUGUCAUAGACAGGUUCACCAAGUUCGCUAGACUGAUUGCCAUGCCAGAGACUGUGAGGACUGAGGACGUCAUCAAGGUGUUCAUGGACAAUUGGGUACGUGAUUUCGGACUGCCAAAAUCAAUCGUUAGUGACAGAGAUGUCCGCUUUACCAGUGAGUUGUGGAAGAAGACUGCUGUGGAAGAAGAUUGUUGUGGAAGAAGACUGUUGUGGAAGAAGACUGCUGAGCAAUUAGGCAGUCAACUUCAGAUGACCUCCGCGAAUCAUCUGAAGCCAACGGACACGCCGAACAGAUGAACAGGGUGAAUGGAAUGAGAAAUUGCCUCUCAUCGCCAGCCUGUACAACAACGCUGUGCACAGCAGUACCAGCGUCAGUCCUAACCAGCUACACUUGGGAUGGAAGCCUAGAUCAGCGCUGGACUUCCUCCUGCCUGAAAACCGACCUUUUGCAACUCCGGGCACACUUGAGUAUUGUGUGCAGUAUGAGAAGUUGCUACAGCAAGCUGUCGAGCACAUCAAGAAAUCUCAAGAAGCAAUCAUUGCUUUUGAGAACAAACAUCGUCGACAAUC